AUGGUGGAAAACGGUGCAUCUAGUGGUGGCAGCGAAAGCCCCAACGCCACAGGCGUUAGGUCUGGCCUAUUAGAAACACUUGUCCGCGGCGUUUGGUAUAGAGUUCAUUGUUCAUUAGAUGACGACUAUUUGAGCGUGUGCCUGGAUGAUGGCUACGAUGCUACCAUGACCCUUAACGGUACCUUAAAUAACAAUAAUGUAGAAACAACGAACAGCGACUUCACAGAAGUCCCCGAAGCUAUAGCUAACCAAAAGCGCCUAGUACAAGUCGUCAAAUCAGAUAAUAAUGGCUUGGGUAUAUCAAUAAAGGGUGGUAUUGAGAACAACAUGCCCAUAUUAAUAUCGAAAAUAUUCAAGGACAUGGCUGCUGAUCUCACAGAACAGCUGUAUGUCGGUGACGCCAUAUUUUCUGUAAAUGGAGAGGAUUUGAAAGAUGCCACACACGAAGAGGCAGUUAAAGCGCUAAAGAGAGCAGGGAAAAUGGUGCAGUUGGAAGGCAAGUAG